UGGCUCGCUACAGCGUUACCGCCGCUGCGCAGGUAAGGACAAUAAACCUGAGCUCCCUAACCUCGGAAAACCUUCGUUUUGAUUGUAAAAAUAUCUAACGUUACAAAUGACAACUAUAUAUUGUUUUCAUAGAACUCCUAUUUUUUUUUGUAGUAUAAUGUACAUCUCGUCAUGAAAACAUGCAGCUAGAUGCCAUCAAAUUAGCUUCGCAAGUUAGCUAGGCCAGAGGCCUUGCGCAUAUGUGAUUCUGCUGUUGCAUAUUAACAUUUAGUUAGCUACUAUCAUCUUCAAACAACGUUUUUAUAUAUUUAUAUCUAAUACGCACAGAGUUCAGCAAAUAUUCACACACUGAGUGCAAAUGUUUUUGGCUGCAGCACAGACAAAAGCUCUUGCGGUUAGCUGCAUCUCGUGUUAGCUAGCAACUUGCUUUGAAGAUAAAUAACUAAUGUUGCGAUACAUUCGCUAUACUCUUGUCUUUGCUAUAGCUUGAUGUAAUAGUCUUCUGAUCCAGAGACUGGAUCCAAAUUCCCUUUUUAUCACAAACCCCACUGCUCAUUGUAACCUAGUAGCUACACAUUUUAGCUCUUUUCAUUCAUGUCAAGUUGUCCAAACUUCAGUUCGGCCUAUUGUUGGUCAUCUGAUAAAGUGUGAGCAUUGUCCUUGCUCUAUGAAGAUUAACCCAUGUUUGAUCUAUCUUCUCUUCUGGCUAUGACAUACAGUAUCUUCCUCUACUUUCGUAUGAGGUCAAUUCACGUCUGAAUCUUUACUGUACAUUUCCCUCCUUUUCUGUGAGUUGUCUCUCUUCAAUGCUUUGAAAAUGAUUCUUCCUGUUUCUUUCAUAUAAACCUAACAUUCUGAUUCUGAACACAGUUCAAUUGACUACUAUUUGAAUUGGGCCCUUCUCUCCACACUUGCUAUCAGUACAUUGUAGGCUAACUGACCCUGGCUGCAGACCGUGUUGUUUGCACCUCCAUAUCCCCAUGCUAACUGUGGAGGAGGGUGGCAGACAAGAACUUACACCCUACACUUUCACCAUUAUGUUUCUGCAGAAAUACAUAUUCCAUCAGUUGAAGAGGAGAGCUUUCCUUUUCUUCAUCCACGUUGACUUGUUGCCACAGCGUCGUCUCUUUUUGAAUUGACUGAAUCUUCCCUUCGAUCAAAGACUUUAAAAAAUUGGCCCUCCCUUAACUGCUUCCUUAUUCUGUUCUUGUGCCGUGUAGUCUCACGUUGAGUUAGUUUAGAGCACGUCAGCCAUUUUGAGGGUGGCCAUGUCCCAGAAGAUUCCAUCUGAUAGCUCGCAGAAAGGCUUUGCUGUGGGACGCGGGCUCCUGGCUGCUGCUGAGACCCUCAACUUCAGCAUGAAUGAACAGCGUUCAGACAGCCUCCAUCAUGGCUCAACCUCCAGACAGUUGCACAGCAUGUCCUCAGGUAUGGGUGGUGGGGAGGGCGACCAUGACCCGCAGCUGUCCCGUCGUGGUGGCAGCCACAUUGGCAACUCCAUGAAGCUGUUUGCCAGCUUGGGCCUGUCGCCCGCUGACCUAGACGUGCUGGCACAGAUCCCAGAAGACAACAUUAGUGUGGAGACCUUGCCUCACCUUAUAAUGCAGCUUAAGAACCGGAAGGUGGAUUCUGACAGACGCAUGGCAGGCAACUCUAGAGGGGACCUGUCCGGGCUCUCCCCUGAGCCCUCAUACAGAGCCAGCAGAGACAACUGGGAUGACAUGCGUGCUGGAAGACUGGGUGGUUCCAUGGGGCAAGCUUCGGCCCGCGCUCAGCAAGGAGACUUGGGCUACGGUUCCAUCCAAGACACUCCAGCUGGAAGGUAUGAACUCGACUAUGGCCACGGCAGUGGGGGAAGAGAUCCAGGGUGGUAUUCAGAUCUUUCCCGUGAUCGCUACAGCGGUAUGGGCAUGGGUCCCCCCUCAGCGGCAGACAGUGUCUUUAUGACCAGGAGAAUGGGAUCCCCGUCCCAAGGCAAAGUGCAGGACUUCUUGGGAGUCAUACCUCACAUGUUUCCCCAUGUGUGCUCUCUUUGUGAUUUUGACGUGCAUUCCACCAUGGUGAGUACUAACUCCAAUUCCUUUUCCACUUUACCUGUCUGUUUCAUCCAUCCACACACCGUCUACUCUGAUCUCAGUUUGAUUGCGGCUCUCAUGCACGCACGGACACUUUUUCAAUUCAAGACCAGAAUUUAUGAUCAAAUCUUUUUUAUUAUAUUUUCAUUAUCAAGUGACGAAAGCCAAUCUACAGUACACUAAGUAAUGGUUCAACAUAAGUCUGUUUAUAUAUUAGCAUCAUAUCCCCACUUAUUCAGCUUCUUUCUCCUUUUGAAGAGCCAUAGUUUAAUCACCCUUUGCUUUCUAAUUGGUGUGGGAGCCAAUUAAUGUAUACAGUGUAAUGUAUGCAGUAAAUCAGUCACUCAUCCAGUGUUUGUCUUGGUCUUGCAGGAGUGGAACCAGCACACUGAUGGAUUACGUCAUACAGAAAACCAGAGGCUCCUCCUGCAGAUGUAAGUUCCUCUUCAAACGUUCUGUGUUAUUUAUGUAAAGGCCUUUUUUAGCAACGAGGUUGUUAGGGCUAAUGUUCAGAUUAACACUGAAUAAUGUGAUACGCACUGAAACAUCUGUGUAGAACUUUUAACACUGCCUGCUGGAAAAAGUAUCUGGGGGGAGGGAAAGAAAGGAAAAAGUAUCGGAGGUGGGAAGAAAGCAACUUUUUGGAGUUAUGUCUUAAAAUAAAAUAGUGUGUGAACCACCAGUCAUUUUUGACCAGUGUUCUCCCAUGAUCUUUAGGUACCCAGAAUGGGAUCCACACAUGGCCACAGGCAGAAGGUAUGUCUCUCUCCCGCGCACACACUCUCGCUCGCUCUCUCUUUCUCACACACACACGCCGGUUGUUUAUAACAUGUAGUCCCAAGAGUUGAUAAAGAAUAUAGGAACACAGUAAACCAGAACCUUUCAGGUGUUUUGAUUUUAAAGAGCAACUACCCCUUAAAAACUACUUCUCAUUUAGAAACAGGCUAUGUGGCAUCGAUAUGAGUGUGAAACAUUUAUUCUGAUGUCAAAAUGUACUACAAAGUGUAAAUAGGAUAAUUUUGGUCAUAAAGUCAGUCUUGUACAAAACAGAGUUUUGUGAGACUUGUGGUCGUGACAGCAUCACAAGUUAAAUGAAGGUUGGGUUUGUUUUACGCGACCUGAUCGUAAUGCCUGUGGUAAAUUUGGAUCGACUUUGGAUAUCCUUAUGGGGCUAGUUAGGGACCCUCGGUAAAUUACACAAUGUACAUGGGACAAUAUGUUAAAAUCCCAAUAGCUCCAAAUUUCAAUGACUUCAAAACCUCAAACCAACUAUAAAUUGUAGAAAUUAAUGUACAAAUAUUGAAAGGAUUUUAUGAGAACUAAAAGGUAUGCAACAUGAAAAUAUUGUCUCAUUUACAUUUUGUAAUUUGAUAGUCCCUAACUAGCCCCUGAGAUAGGCUACCAAUCAAUCAAAUUGUAUUUAUAAAGCCCUUUUUACAACAGCAGUUGUCACAAAGUGCUUAUACAGAAACCCAGCCUAAAACCCCAAACAGCAAGCAAUGCAGAUGUAGAAGCAUGGUGGCAAGGGAAAACUCCCUAGAAAGGAAGGAACCUAGGAAGACACCUGGAGAGGAACCAGGAUCUGAGGGGGGGCCAGUCUCCUUCUGGCUGUGCCGGGUGGAGAGGAACCAGGCUCUGAGGGGGGGCCAGUCUCCUUCUGACUGUGCCGGGUGGAUAUUAUAACAGUACAUGGCCAUUAAGGCCAGAUUUUUCUCCAAGAUGUUCAAACGUUCAUAGAUGACCAGCAGGGUCAAAUAAUAAUCACUGUGGUUGUAGAGGUUGCAACAGGUCAGUUUAUCAGGAGUAAAUGUCACUUGGCUUUUCAUAGCCGGGCAUUUAGAGGUUGAAAGAGCAGGUGCGGUAGAGAGAGAGAGUUGAAAACAGCAGGUCUGGGACGAGGUAGGACGUCCGGUGAACAGGUCAGGGUUCCAUAGCCGCAGGCAGAAGAGUGGAAUCUGGAGCAGCAGCACGACCAGGUGGACUGGGGACAGCAAGGAGUCAUCAGGCCAGGUAGUCCUGAGGCAUGGUCCUAGGGCUCAGGUCCUCCGGGAGGGAGAGAGAGAGAAUUAGAGGGAGCGUACUUAAAUUCCCACAGGACACCGGAUAAGACAGGAGAAUAACACCAGAUAUAACAGACUGACCUUAGCCCCCCGGCACAUACACUAUUGCAGCAUAUCCAAAGUGAAACCAAAUUUACUAGGGUCGCACACCAGCCGGCUAAAGUUAAUUGUCAAAAUAAUUUGUCUAACUCUUCCCACCUGCGAACAGACACACGAGAACCACACCCACAUCAAACCACACCCUGAAACCAACUCGCGUUUGAAUUCAGUCGUGGCCACUAGCAUUUCUUAAUGAACCAAACCUAAAACGAGGCCAAAUCAGGAAGUGAAGUUGCACUUGAAAUGUGUGGAUUAAUCAGCCUUGUGUAAUAGUAGACUGAAUCUCAUGUCUGUCCCUUUCAGCGGUGGGUCUCAUCUACUGGAGACGACCAACCAAUCAGCCGGUCUCCUGGGACCAGUCCCAAUGGCUAUAGGAGGAGUACGCAUGAGCUCCGGCUGGGGUAAUGGUGUUUUUGUUUGAAAGAUUAAGUCUGUGUCUGAAAUGGCACCCUAUUCCCUAUAUAGUGCACUACUUUUGAUCAGGGUACCCAUAGGGCUCUGGUCAAAAGUAGUGCACUAUAUAGGGAAUAGGGUGCCUUUUCGGACAUAGCCAAUGUAUGCUUAUUGCUGUCACUUACUGGUGAAUUUCAAAUCAAAUCAAAUUGUAUUGGUCACAUGCGCCGAAUACAACAGGUGCAGACACUGCAGUGAAAUGCUUACUUACAGCCCUUAACCAACAGUGCAUUUAUUUUAAACAAAAAAAGUAAGAAUAAAACAACAACAAAAAAAGUGUUGAGAAAAAAAGAGCAGAAGUAAAAUAAAGUGACAGUAGGGAGGCUAUAUAUACAGGGGGGUACCGUUGCAGAGUCAAUGUGCGGGGGCACCGGCUAGUUGAGGUAGUUGAGGUAAUAUGUACAUGUGGGUAGAGUUAAAGUGACUAUGCAUAAAUACUUAACAGAGUAGCAGCAGCGUAAAAAGGAUGGGGUGGGGGGGCAGUGCAAAUAGUCCGGGUAGCCAUGAUUAGCUGUUCAGGAUUCAUUAGCUGUUCUGUAUUCAUUACCAUGUAAUCAUUAUCAUUAAAGGGAUAAUCCUUGUUCACUAAAAUGACAUAUUGGCUUCCUGACUCUGUGAACAGUCUAUGGACCAGUAAGACAGCAAUCCAUGUUGGCUUUUGUUUGGCUGGCCACUGCCAUGUUGUAGUUGAAGUGACUGUGGGUCCUUGAAAAGCCGUAUAUAAAACCACUGUGUUAUUAUCAUGUAUUUUAGGUGGUGGUGCUGGAUCUAAUGUUGGACCAGGCAAGGCACAUCAACAUUCUAUGGUACCUAAGCAGGUAAUUAUAUAUUUUUUUGUCAUGAUAUUAUCUUGAUAAAAUACGAUCUCUUUACUGUAAUGCAGUGACCAAGUAACUCUUCUUCAAAACAAAUGUAUAUUUACUGGUGUGCCUUUUGGUGUGAAAGUGAUGGAUUCAACCUGUUUUGUGACUGUCUGAACACUGUUCUCCUCAGAUCAAAUGUAUUUUCUGGUAUGCCUUUUGGUGUGAAAGUGAUGGAUUCAACCUGUUUAUUUUGUAACUGUCUGAACUUGUUCUCCUCCUCAGAUCAGAAGCAAAGUAGUGGUGGCCAAGUAUGACAGGCCUCCUCCGUCCUAACAAAGCCCUGUUCGCCCUAGCGGAACCCUUUGGGACUCUGUGCGAACACCUGGUCCUCAAGAACAAGGUAGAGCACACCACUGUGCCGGCUCGCCAGAGGCCUGGGGCCUCAUUCAUCAUUUAUACAUUUCUCACUCAAUUCUGGCGUAUGUUGGCGAUUCUAGGAUUUGCGUGUGCAACAGAUUUAUUGGGAUUUAUCAAAGUGUCGCACACAACACAUACGCAUGUUUUUCAUUGAUAAAUCAGAGCCAUAAUAUAUUUCUGCGCUCGUGAGCAAGCGUUACAACCCUUCCUGGAAAACGCCCUCCGUUCACUUUUUAUGGUAACAAAAACGGCCUCAUUUGCAGUAUGAUUUGGAAAUGUUGGGACUGGGCCACGACAGUUUCUAAAGUGCAAUGGCAAAUUUGAUCACAUUUCUGUAGAGGUGUAGACAGAAUGUUUUUAAUCUUUUGCAGUGGCUUUUAAACUAAAAUGCAUGCAGCCUAUAGAGUGUGCCAAACACUGGCUGUGCAUCCUGCAAGAUUGGUUGCCCUAUUGAACAAUUUAAAAGGAAAUGCUACAGCCAACACUUCUAUGCAAAAGACGAAUUGUUUAUCAAUACAUUGUGUUUCUGUCUCCUGCCUUGAUGAUGUCACACUCCCAUCGCACAGCAAUACUGUAGUCUACCCAUACUGUCAAAGGCUACCGGUCUAUUUACUUUCGAACAUGGUUGGCUAUUGAAUGAGCGAUGGCUAAAUGGUAUCCUACUAUUUUAUGUAGCAGGAAUAAACCAGUAACGUAUUACAGUACAAUGGAAAAUAAACGUAUCACAAAUGCAAACUCUACUUUCAAUAACAGAGUAACUGUCAGUGAAGACUUAGGUUUAAAUGUUUUCUUAUUACCCCCCCAUUUUAACAGAAGAAAAUGUUGUAGAAAAACAGUUGACAUUGUUGUAUAAGAGCACCUGCUGACUGGUCGUGUACCACGGGGCUCAUGGUGCGUUGAUCUACUCCACAGGUCUUUUUAGAAAUGGAGACCCAUAAGGAAGCUAGGGAUGUGGUCAACCACUACCAGAAGAACCCAGCUGUGUUGAAUGGGAAACAACUCACAAUUUAUCUGUCCAAACAACUCACGGUGAUUCAGGUAAUAUUGGAAUGUCCUUAUUAAUCUACUUUCAUUAGUUUUACCUGUAUCUUAUCUGCUGUAUGCGUUUCUAACUUUGCUGACCAUUUUAACAAACCGAUUUUCAAUUCAAGCAGCGAUCGUGCAUGCAGAUCAUUACACGUCAUAUUUCCCUCUUUCUGAACACAGAAAGACGCCAGAACUGAGAGGGUGAACCGCGAGGCGAAACAAGGCAAAGAGCCGGAGGCACCGAACCAGUCACAGGUGGUCUUCUUCUCCAACUUGCCGCGUGAGAACGAGAAGAAGCUGGAACUGCUCACCAUCGCGCUGCGCUUCGGCAUCGUGGAGAAACACUUGUUUCUAACCAAGCAGGUAAAAGUAUUUUUUAUUAUUCUGUGUUUGUAUAAAAAUCAUAUGAAUGGAUAAAAGCGUCUGCUAAAUUGCACACAUUAUUUGUAUUAUAUUAUUCUCAGUAUGUUUUAUUUCUGGAUGUGUCAUGAAUUCUUAAAAUGUAUCAUUAACGUUCGUCUUCCAAGGCUUUUGUUCAGCUGGGGUCUGCAGAGGAUGCCGAGAUGUUGGUGAAGUACUACACUCUGAAUCCACUGACCAUCCAUGGGAUGAGUGUCCGCUUAAACAUCUGUACCAACUACAAGACCUUAAAGUAAGAGUUCCCAGAGUGAUUCAGUGCUUCAUUAUCAUAGUAGAGGACUUAGUUGGCCUUUUUAUCUCAGAGGUAUCUGGACUGAUUGUUGUCUGUCUGUAACAGUGUGAAUAAUCGCUCCAAAAAUCUGAUGGAUGACAAGAGGAGGAGGAGGAGGAGCAGCAGUAGUACUGGGCCCAAAGACAAAGCUUCCUCCUCCAAGAGCACCAAAUCUUCCUCUAGCAGCAAAGCCAAAGAGGACAAGAAGGAACCACCAAAAGGAGAGGACUGCGGUGCAGGGAGAGAGGGAGUGGGGUCAGGUGACGAGGUGGCUGGUGUGAUAGAGGGGGAUGAAGCUGAGGAGUACAAAGGAGAGGGAGACCAGGGUCCAAGUGAUGAUGGGCCGUCAGCGGACAAGACUGAAGCCGUGACGGAAGACCCAGAGACUGCUGCCAAAACCAGUCUGGAGUCCCAGGAGGAGAAGGAACCGGCUCCGGACUCAGACGACGUUCCGAGCACUGCCAAGGUUCUGAGCAGCAGUGACGUCGCAGAGACGGCUGAGGGGGCAGAGGUGGAGCAGGGGACUGUGCCUGGUCCAGAGGAGAAAGCGGAGGGAGAGCCUGAGAGUGAACAGAUGGAAACUGAAGCCGCUACAGAUGAGACCGAGGACAAGGAUGACAUGCCGUCGGCAGAGCCAGCAGAGAGCUCGGAGAUGCAUGAGGAACAGCUACCUGCAGAUCAGGUAGGUCAACAACAGAAAACAUUUAUAGUUCAAGAAAAUAUUAUAUUUGUCUUUGCUUACAAGUUGGCGCUACUCUUGUGUUUUUGUUCAGUUUGAGACAAAGUUCUGUUGAGCACAAUGACUUAUCUGCCUUUUCUGAUUUGUUGUUCAUAUUGUAAACAUAUAUUUAGAAUAUGUAACCAUGUUGACAUACAUGUUGUUGUGUCUUUCCUUCAGGAGGAGGGCAGUAUGGAGCAGGAUUUCCCAGAGAACAUGGAUGACUUUGUGACUCUGGAUGAGUUGGCAGAGGACGAGGACUUGGAGAGACAGGACUCCUCUUCCAAAGAAAGAUACUCAUCUUCAGGUUAACAACAUUAACUUCAACCUCUAGCAUGAUAUAUAUGGUCAUUUAAUUUAGGAUGAUUGAUGACAGUGUCUGUGGAAUUGAAAACCAUUGGUACAGUGUCGCCCACAUGAAAUAGGCUACAACAACUUUUGUUGGAAAAGUGAACAGUUGUGUAAUUUUCCCUCUCUCUCUCUCGCUCUGCAGGAAGCUCUAAGAAAAUUGGGGGGUUGAGAGUGGUCAAUGUUGUGGGAUUUAAACGAGCCUAUGGUUUUCUGAAUGAGAUCUUGGCCCUGGCCAAACCCUUCGGGACAGUAGUUCGACACCUGGUGCUUGACGUGAGACCUGAGGUAAAGUUGGUUGAUUGAUUGAUUUGACAGUGAAGCAAAAACCGUAGGAUGGACGUCAACGUCUAACCAUUGUGUAUCUUUUUUUUGUUGGUGAAUCUAGGCCUUUCUGCAACUCACUUCGGAAGAAGAGGCGAAAGCAAUGGUCAAUUUCUACAGUGGGAAUGUAACUCCAACUGUGUGUGGGAGAUCUGUGAAAAUCUACCAUUCACAGACAUACGCAACCAUUCAGGUGAGCUCCAUACCUGAAGAUUCAGUUUGCCAGCCUUCUACAGUAGAAGUUGUUUGUAAUGUUUCCUGUUCUUGCAGAGUGGGAGAGUGGUAUACGUGGGACAGAUUCCUCACUUCAAAUCCUCUGAUGCCUCCCUCCUGAAAAUCGUUGAACCGUUCGGCAAAGUGAGACGCUAUUUCCUGAACAGAUCUCGCAAUGAGGUAAUGAAAUAUUUGUUUUUCUCUCUUCUGCUACAGAGCUUCUUAAAAUGCCUCAUGGGUGAAUGAGUGGGAUACGGUAGAAAUCAUUAUUUUAUUUCUAGUGUUUCAUUGAGAUGGAACGUGGAGAGGACGCCGAGAGAAUGGCUGAGACCUACAAGGACACGCCCCCUAAAUUCGAAGGCAAGCGACUAACGGUGUACGUGAGCAGGAAGUACAAACAUCUCAAAUACGGGUGAGUCAAAGUAAACAGUUGGUGUAUUUCCUGUGAGCGUUGUACACUUCAGCCUGUUAUUUUUCUCACUACUAAGAUGCUGCUCUUCGUAUGUAAUGUGCUAAAACCAAAUUGCCCUUCAGGGACAAUAAAGUUGAAUUGAAAUGGAAUGCUCUUUCCCCACACUAGACACCGACCACCAGCCCCUGACUCCGAGGAGAAGGAGAAGAGGACGUCGAAGAGGGAGCGAUCGGGGAGCGAAACGAGCUCCCACAGGAGCUCGGCAGCCAAAAGCUCAGCCAAGCAGGAUGAAGAACCUCCAGUCAAGAAGUCCAGAGAGGAGACGGCAGACGAGCCUGAGGAGGAAGACGAGGAGAAGAUGGUGGAGACGCCCACUGAGCAGAGUGAGGUCAGGAAGGAGGAGGAGGUCCAGGGGGAACAUGGUCAACCCUCUGAGAACUCGGCUGUACAGGAGAUAGACACUGACAUGGUAAGUUUAUCUGGCUUAGGUUGUUCUGGAAUGGCACCCUGUUCCCUAUAGCACGCUACCUUUUGGUCACAGUCCUAUGGGGGCUUUGGCCAAAAGUAGUGCGCUGUCACCCUCAGCAAUCCCUCAAUGUCCAGGAUGAUCUGAUGGGGGAUUAUGACACCAUUUUGUAGUAGCUUAAGGGACUGACUCUCUAUUGCUCUACGCUGUAGAACAUCAAAAUGGAGGACAACGAGACGCCCAUUUCCAUAGUGAGUGUGAGGAGCGUUGAGGAGAACGGAGAGCCUGCUGGCACACCAUCCCAGGCUGAGGGGAAGCUUUCAUCAACCAGCCCUGUUCCUCUGGGGCCUUAUGAGCCUAACAACCCAGUGGGUAAGGACAUGCUCAGAUGUAAUGGGCUUUAGAGGGAAAAGGGUUUCUAUGUGUUUCAGUAAGAGCUUUUUUAAUAACAUAUUCAGUGCCUUCGGAAAGUAUUCAGACCCCUUGACUUUCUCCACAUUUUGUUAGGUAAACAGCCUUAUUCUAAAAUGGAUAUUUUUUUUUUUAUCCUCAGCAAUCUACACACAAUACCAAAUAUUGACAAAGCGAAAACCAGGUUUUUAGAAAUAAAAAAACAUACCUCAUUUACAUAAGUAGUCAGACUCUUUGCUAAAUUCAUUUGAUUGGACAUGAUUUAGAAAGGCACACACCUGUCUAUAUAAGGUCCCACAGUUGACAGUGCAUGUCAGAGCAAAAACCAAGCCAUGAGAUCGAAGGAAUUGUCCGUAGAGCUCAGAGAGAGGAUUGUGUCGAGGCACAGAUCUUGGGAAGAGUACCAAAAAAUGUCUGCAGCAUUGAAGGUCACUUUCAGACCAUGAGAAACAAGAUUAUCUGGUCUGAUGAAACCAAGAUUGAACUAUUUGGCCUGAAUGCCAAGUGUCACGUCUGGAGGAAACCUGGCACCAUCCCUACGGUGAAGCAUGGUGGUGGCAGCAUCAUGCUGUGGGGAUGUUUUUCAGCGGCAGGGACUGGGAGACUAUAGUCAGGAUCGAGGCAAAGAUGAACGGAGCAAAGUACAGAGAGAACCUGCUCAGGACCUCAGACAGAGCUUUUACUGAGUAAAGGCUCUGAAUACUUACGUAAAUGUGAUAUUUCAGUUUUGGGGUAUUGUGUGUAGAUUUGAUGAGGGGGGAAAAAACUAAACAAUUUAAUCAAUUUUAGAAUAAGGCUGUAACGUAACAAAAUGUGGAAAAAGUCAAGGGGGUCUGAAUACUUUCCGAAUGCACUGUAGAAUAACUAGAUUUUUUCCUUCCUUUUCUUGUCUUCUCUAAAACAUGAACAACAUUAGAACUAUAUAUGUACUGUAUAUUUCAUACAUUAUAUCCAAACAUCAUAGUGACUCUCUCUGAUUGCAGGUGUUGAAUAUGUGAAGAUGGGCUACUACUGUAGGGUCUGUUUCCUGUUCUAUUCCAACGAGGAGACAGCCAAGAAGGUCCACUGCAGCAGUCAAUCUCACUACCAAAAACUCAAGGUAAACAUAUAUUUAUUAUUGUCAAUUAGCAGAUAUGCCAAUAUAUCUAAGCAGUCAUUUUAAGGAACUAACACAAAACACACCAAUACGUCUCUCACUUGGUAUCAAACAGUUUUCAGCAUAAGAAAAAAAAAACGAUAUGCUCUGAAACUUAAAAUGCUGUCCCCGUUUUUUAUUUUCAGAAACGUCUGGAAAAAGAGAAGGCCAAAGCUCAAAGCACCACUGGGAUGAAGACUGUGUAGGACAUUUCAAGUGUUCAUGCAUGGAUAGAGUUAGUUAGUUAACCCUAGAGGUGAUGUUUCAGCAGUUUUUUUGAGGCUUUCAUGUUUAGCUAUACAGCUUUGUAACUUUUUUUAAAUUUUAACCAGGAGGAACCAGCUAAGAAUUAAUCUGGAGAAUGUAUGGAGUUUUGUUUUAAUGUUUUCUGACAACUCGUCUUGCUCAAUGUAAGCGCAAUAUACAUUUUUUGAUUUGUAUUUAGUCUCAGAUGCUGGUCUUUUGAAUGUUCAGCAACUGUUGUGAUGUAGAGAUAAGAAAUAAUGUAACCAGUUAUAUUAGGGCCAGAGUCUAAAGAAAGGAGCUUGGUUGAUAAUUUGAACUAAUAGGUGCCUCCCAUGCAGAUGUUCAGAUAAUUGCAUUGCUUGGUUGAGGAGGAAGUAUACUGAACAAAAAUGU